AGACAAUUUAUCCAAUCAAAACUUUAGUUUUCCUAUUCCUCUUUUGCAUAGUAGCCCUACAAAUAUUAUGAGUGUUUCAGACAGCACAUAAACCCUUUUUCUUUGCUUUGGCUGUCUAGUCUUGUUGUCAUGCCUGAGCCAGCAAAAUCCGCUCCAGCCCCUAAAAAGGGCUCUAAGAAGGCGGUGACCAAGGCGCAGAAGAAGGACGGCAAGAAGCGCAAGCGCAGCCGCAAGGAGAGCUACUCUGUCUACGUCUACAAGGUGCUGAAGCAGGUCCACCCCGACACUGGCAUCUCCUCCAAGGCGAUGGGCAUCAUGAACUCCUUUGUCAACGACAUCUUCGAACGCAUUGCUGGAGAAGCCUCUCGCCUGGCUCAUUACAACAAGCGCUCUACCAUCACGUCCAGGGAGAUCCAGACGGCUGUGCGCCUGCUGCUGCCCGGGGAGCUGGCCAAGCACGCAGUGUCCGAGGGCACCAAGGCCGUCACCAAGUACACCAGCUCCAAGUAAACCUGACAAGAAAAAAGACUACGAAUGAAGUCCACUAAAAUCAACCUUAAACAAAACUUGGCUUCUACGGGCUAAACUUAAAAGUGAACUACGCUCCAAAGAAAAGAGUCAAUCUUUAAUGGUAAUCCAAUCACAUUGCUCCAGAAAGCACUCAGAACCAAUGAGAUCACAGGGCGGGACAUAUGAAAGG